AAAAUUUGUCAUUAAAUACUUUAAGUAACUUGCAAGGCGCUGUGCAACAUAAACGUGUUGAAAGUAACGCGCAAAGUCUUUAUAUGCCAAGGCUAUGAAACAUAAUGAUGACUCGGAUGAGGAUGCGCGCGAGGAGGUGCGUCAGAUAAAGCAUGGCGAGUUGCGUGCGGCGGUCACCGCUGGAGAUGAACGCACAGUGCGCGUCCUACUCGAGGCCCUGGGGAGAGAGCGACAAAUAAUUGUGAAUGUGGCACCAGCCGGUGCCAACACUCUGCUCUUUAUCGCCAGUCAAUCAGGCUUUGAGAGCAUCACGCAGCGUUUGAUUGAUGCUGGUGCGGAUGGACGGUCCCAUGCGGUGACCAAGUAUUCGCCUCUUUAUGCAGCGGUGCACAACGGUCAUUAUGGCAUUGCAAAGCUCAUGCUGGAACGCUUUCCAGAGCUGAUACAAGAGGCGACUGUGGAGCGCUGGCUACCUUUGCAUGCGGCUUGCAUCAAUGGGCAUAUCAAUAUGUUGGAGUUGAUAAUUAACUUUCCAUAUCCCGACUACCUCUAUCAAACAUAUCGUGACGAAGAGGGCCAAUGGGAGUGGCGCCUGCCUUUCGAUGCUAACGCUCAAGAUGUGACUGGGCAAACCAGUCUCUAUAUAGCCAGCUUACUGGGCAACAAGCAACUGCUAAGCGUGCUGCUCAGGUGGCAACUGCGUUGCCGGCGUACCUUGAGCGACGAUCCGGGUAGCUCGGCGGCGGGUCAGAGUACGCCUAUAACGCCGACGCGCAAGCGUAUUUCUUUUGGAAUACAGGCUAUCAUGUCGAAGCUACAUAUAUCUGGCGAGGGGGACACGAUCGAGGCGCAACCGACGCAGGAUCAGGAGUCGCAGCGUUGUCCCCUCCAUAUCAAUUUGCUGUGUGGUGCGGCACGUGAAACAGCGCUCUUAGCUGCAGUUCGCGGAGGGCACUUAGAUGUGGCGCAAGCGUUGCUGCAACAUGGUGCCAAUCCAAAUAUUGUGGCGAAGCCUGUAGAGGAUCACAACGAUCCAAAGUGCAGCGAAGAGAUCUAUGGCUUAAGCAAUAUGCCCAUUACCGAGGCAUGUAAGCAGCGCUCUCUGGCCAUGCUGGAUCUGCUUCUAAAGUUUGGUGCACGCGAUGAUAAUGGCACGGCUAUAAGUGUGGCCAUUGCCAGCGAGGAUGAGGCACUGCUGAGUCGCUUGUUGGCUCGUCGCGUGCAUCCUGACUCGGACUAUAAGAUUAAUAAAAAGGGACUGCCCACGCCAGUUGAAGUAAAUGUAUUUCAGCCCUCCGCCAGCAAUAUUUCAUAUAGCGCCAUGUUCCCUAACGUUCCGACGAUCAUAGACUGGCAUAGCCUGAACAUGAAUGUGCAACUGCCCUUUGUGCGAAUUGGUUGGCUGGUAAGUGGGGUGCUUCAACUGAAUCCCAAACUUAGUUCGCAUCCCAGGCUCGAUGAUGUGGCGCUUACAGCAAUCACUCGAAUUGAUUUCUCGCACAACAUCUUAACCAGUAUUCCGCCGGAGCUCUUUAAUCUAGUUAGUCUUAAGUAUCUGAACAUUGCGCAGAACAAGAUCACGGAGUUGCCGGCACCUCUAGGAAAGUCGUACAACUGCCCUGUGUUGGAUGAGCUCUUUCUGCAGGAUAAUCAACUUACAUGCUUGCCGGCCGCAAUAUUUCAGCUCCCCGCUUUGACCAUUUUGGAUAUUUCCAACAAUAAGUUGCAGCAACUGCCCUUCGACUUGUGGCGUGCGCCCAAACUGCGUGAGCUAAACGUAGCCUUCAAUUUACUUCGUGAGCUACCCGUGCCGCCCAUGCAGACGAGUGGAUCUCUGCUGAGCUUAGAUAAGCUACAGCUGCUGCAAUCGUGUGAUGAGUCGUCCUCCAGUAAGCCGCAUACGUUGCUGCUGCAGACAGUCACGCAUCGUAAUCUCUGGUCGACUGCGCUAGACAUUACAGACAACGACUUGAAGUGGCAGCAGGAACAGGAGCAAGAGCAAGAGCAAGCACAAGCUUUUGCUGAUGGAAAAGCUCCUCAUGGUACUUCCCAGUUGAGCAGUCUAAACAUUGCUAACAAUUUGUUUACCAGCAUUCCCGCUGCGUUGCCUUGUUUGGCAGUUAAUCUGACACGGCUGAACAUGUCCUAUAACAGCCUUCGGUCCAUGGGUCAUGUGACUAGCUAUCCCGCCACAUUGAAACAGCUCGAUUUGAGUCACAAUGAAAUCUCGUGCUGGCCUAGCUUGCCACGCAUUACGGAAUCCGAUCCGAAUCUGUUAUGCUACAGUCAUGUCCAGCUGCCAGAGGGCUUCGAUGAACCCAUCUAUAAGGCAUCUAAAGGCAGCAGCUGUUCCUUUCGUGCUUCUGUACUAAAAAGCGUCUGCAGGCACAGACGUCAUUUACGUUUAGAGGCCUUGCGAACUCUUAUUUUGGCCGAUAAUCUACUGACGCGCAUCCAACUAUCCACAGAUGAUGCCACAACGUUGUUCAAUGAAAGCGAGGACGCCGAUUGGAGUGUGGUCGGUGUCAAUAAGUCAAAAGUUAUAUUUCCCAACCUAUCCAUGUUGGACAUGACCAAUAACUGCCUGAAAGAAAUACCUGCAUCUCUACAUGAGCUGAGUAGUCUUUCCGUCUUAAAUAUAAGUGGAAAUGUCCAGAUUACCGACUUGCCCCCACAUCUGGGCUUACUCUCCCGACUGUGGAAUUUGAAUACACGCGGCUGCCUGCUUCAGGAGCCGCUACGUUCCAUGAUUGAAAGCAAAAAACACAAGACGAUGGAUAUUGUUGGGUAUUUGAAAUCCAUCUAUGAGGAUGCUCAGCCGUAUGCACGUAUGAAGCUCAUGGUGGUGGGAUCCUGUGGCAUUGGAAAAACAACGCUUCUAGACCUGCUGCGCCAGGGCAUGGGUAAUAGCUCUAGUGGCUCAAGCGCACAUCGUUCGCGCGCCAACGAGAAUCAUUGGGCCAAACGUAUGGGUCAUUCGCGUAGCACCUCGCGAUCUCAGCGCCCAGCAAACAUCUCCACGGUGGGCGUGGAUAUUGGCACAUGGAUAUGUGAGAAGCGAAAGCGCGCAACUGGCUGUCAAGCGAUUGUCUUUCGCACUUGGGAUUUUGGUGGUCAGAAGGAAUACUAUGCGACGCAUCAAUACUUCUUGUCCAAACGUAGUCUGUACUUGGUGCUUUGGCGCAUCAGCGAUGGACACAAGGGCUUAGCAGAGCUGCUUCAAUGGCUGGGGAAUAUUCAGGCUCGUGCUCCAAACUCACCAGUGCUCAUCGUGGGCACGCAUUUUGAUACGGUAGGGGAAUCGAUUUCUGCACAGCAGGCCGAGCAACUGCAGCAAUUGAUCCGUGAGAAGUUUAUAGCUAUACCAGAUGCGGAAAAGAUUGGGCUGCCACGCGUUAUUGACUCCAUUGAAAUUAGCUGUCGCACUCUACACAACAUCCACUUGCUGGCAAACAUCAUCUAUGACACCGCCAUGCAAUUGCGGUCGCCAGGCUCCAAGGAACCGAUGUUGCUGCAGAAGAUACCCGCCAGCUAUAUUGCUUUAGAGGAUAUUGUCAGUGUGAUUGCUUGUAGUCUACGUGCUGUUGGUCGAGAUCCCGUACUGGAUGCAGAGCAGUACCGAUGUCUGGUCACAGAGAAAAUGCGUCUGCAUAACUACAAGAGUUUUCGUGAUGCUGCUGAGUUACAGCAGGCGACAACAUGGUGCCAUGACAAUGGCAUUCUUUUGCAUUAUGAUGAUGCGACACUCAGAGAUUACUAUUUCCUCGAUCCACAAUGGCUCUGCGAUAUGCUGGCCCACGUGGUUACCGUGCGCGAGAUAAAUCCAUUUGCGCCAACAGGCGUCAUGAAGCUGGACGAUCUACAACUCGUCUUUCGCAGUGUGCACGCGCAGAGCAAUGGUAAUCGAAGCUAUAUAGUCAGUUUACUGAAUAAGUUUGAGGUGGCUCUUACUUGGGAUUCGCGAACGCUGUUGAUUCCGUCAUUGCUGCCGGUACAGGAGUCAGCUGUGUAUAACGAAGGUACAACGAUUAAAUUGCUUCAGCGUGUGCGUGGUCGAAAUGUUGGUUGUUCCGUCUCGCAGGAGCUGAAUCUCAAUAAACUCAUCUAUGAGCAGCACUCGUCGCAUACCCCGACUACUUCUGCCUCCACGGCUAGUCAGGGCUUGCGUCGUAUGUUGCUCAUGACUUACUUUCCUUCUGGCUUUUGGUCACGUUUAAUUACUCGCGUUUUGGCCGACGAGCAAAUUAUUGAAGCCAUUCGAAGUGUCUAUGUUGCCUCACAGGAUAAAUAUCUGGACUUUGAUUUGCGUGGGUCGCUGGAGCAGGAUACACAGUGGAAUUUAUGGCAAACGGGUCUAGCUUUAUAUUAUGGACCGAUUCUAAUCUUUCGUAUUUGGGAGGUACCCUUCCAAAACAACGACCGAACGCAUCCUUUUCGCACGACUAGCAAUCGCUUUAAGCUCAAGUUGGAUGGUAUCUGGAGCGAUGUGAAUCUAAGUUCCUCAAGCAUUUUGGAAGUUUUUUUUCCACUGCUUAACGUGAGCAUUUCCCAAGAACUUGAAGCAGGCGAGCGACAACUACUAGCAGAGCUGCAGCCGCACAUGUCGCAAGUGGCCAAGCUGCUGGCCUUGGUUGUGGAUCAUAUUGAUCUGCUGUUAGAGGAUUGGUACCCAGCGCUAGGUACGCGCUUUGUACAUACUUCUGAGGGACGUUUUUUGAUAACUCGACUUGUGCUCUGCCCACGUUGUUUGCGCAAGCUGCAGCUGCAGAAUGGUACAGAACCUGUAGAACGGGAGCCCAGUAUGCCAAAUGGCAGCAGACCUAGUCGUAGCGGCAAACGGGGCACAUACUUUCUGCAUGGCGUCGGCGAUACUAAUGACGAUGGAGCCCUGAAUGUGUUCUCUGCUUAUCUUAAUGCAACUGCAAGUCGGGAGAGACGUUCGGCUGACUCACUGGGAGCUGGUUCGGAUGCGGACUCGGGUGUAGGACCAGACUCGGCUUUCUCUUCACGUAACACCUCUAUAGACGGGCAUCCUGCCUAUGCUUCGCAUCAUCUGCCAGAUAACUCGAAUGUCUGCUAUGCCUGGAUGGUUGAGGAGUGCAUUUUAUCAGUUUAUAAUCAAAUCAAACUUAGCUGCCCGGUUCAUCUGGAACAGUCAAUGGCACAACUGGCGCCGGAUGUCAUAUUUGCAGAUAUACCCGACAAGCACACAAUUGCCACGGAGUGCAUCAUUAAGGGUUCGCUGCUGGGGCGUGGUGCCUUUGGCUUUGUGUUUAAGGCCAGCUGCAAGCUACGUGGCGCUCGGGUUUUCCGAUCGGUAGCCAUGAAAAUGCUUCAGCCAGUGCAGCCCGGUGCGCGAGCCAAGGAGAGUGCAUUGAUGGCGUACAAAGUCGCACUGGGCAAAUGGGAUCGAGAUCCGCUGCAGCACUCCUGCAAGGCCUACUGCACAGCCAGGCAGGAGUUGGCCGUGCUACUUACUUUGAAGCAUCCGAAUAUUGUGCCGCUGGUUGGAAUUUGCAUUAAACCCUUGGCUUUAGUACUGGAGCUAGCGCCAUUAGGUGGCCUUGAUGCUCUGCUGCGCCAAUAUAGACGAAGUGGCGCACACAUGGGUCCACAUACGUUCCAAAUGUUAGUGCUGCAGGCUGCACGCGCCAUCGAGUAUUUGCAUCGCAGGCGGAUCAUAUAUCGGGAUCUCAAAUCUGAAAAUGUGCUCGUCUGGGAGCUGCCACAACCUCACAGCGAAGAUAGUCCCCGCAACCAGGUGCACAUCAAGAUUGCGGAUUACGGAAUAAGUCGUCAGACAGCAGCUGGUCUUAGUGCCAAAGGCUUUGGCGGCACGGAGGGAUUUAUGGCCCCUGAGAUUAUUCGAUUUAACGGCGAGGAGGAAUAUACCGAAAAGGUGGACUGCUUUUCCUUUGGAAUGUUCAUCUAUGAGAACAUUAGCCUUCGUCAGCCUUUUGAGGGCCAUGAGUCCAUUAAGGAAUGCAUACUGGAGGGCAGUCGACCGGCUCUGACACAACGUGAGACACAGUUUCCCACUUGUUGCCUAGAUCUAAUGGUACUUUGCUGGCACGAACAGCCGCGACGACGGCCAUCAGCUAGUCAGAUAGUCUCAAUACUUAGUGCGCCAGAAUGCAUUCAUUUGCUAGACGUGGUAGCUUUGCCGCACAGCGAUAAAAUUGUUUGCGGCGUAUUUCAAUUAGUGUUGGCUGGUAUUGAGGAAGAGCGCUCCGGCCUCGAGCUGUGGCUGCCAGCUUUUGGUUCACACAUUGAUAUACUAGACGUUUCGCCAACUGGCUGUCUGUUGCAGUGCAGCAGCAUAUGCUGUGCUCCACAACCACAAAUGGGGACGCCCAAAACGCCCGAGAAUACCGCAACCACACGUGCACGCUCCGCACAGCGUAUGCCAAAAGUGAAUAUGCUGUGCUGCUGCCUGGUGGGUGAAGCUAUCUGGAUGGGCGAUGUUUCGGGCAAUUUGCAUGCCUAUAGCACAUCGAGCUAUGGACAUUUAUUCUCCUACAUGCUUGAUCCUGCCAUCAAGUCAGCUGUGAUAAGUUUAGUGUAUAUGGAGGGUAUUGCGCGCGUUGCAGUGGGCUUGCAAAAUGGUCGCGUCUUCCUGGUGGAUUCCUGCCUUAUGCCCACUAAUUGUGCCUUUGCCGAGGGCUCAUUUGUACUGACUGAGAUUUGUUCCGGAUUUGUGUUGCACGCCGCCUGUUCUGUGCUCAUUGAAGGCGUUUAUGAGCUCUGGUGCGGUGAGUUGGCUGGCAAAAUCAACGUAUUUCCAGUCAACGAAUCUGGUGUGUGUGGUCAUCAGGCCUUGUGUCACAGCGAUGAGCCAAAUCUCAUUGAGGACGUUAAAGUGACGCGCCUUUGCAGCAAUGAUAGCCACGUCUUUAGCUGUUUGUAUCCUGGUUGCAUGGUGUAUCAGUGGAGUACCGUCUCAAAGCGUAUUGAAAAUAAAUUGGACUGCUCUAAACUACUGCCCUGCUCCGAAUCUCUACAGAGCAUUGCCAUUGAUGAACACGUAAAUCUUAUCAAAUGUCAAAUCUCAGCGCUGGCGGCACACAACACUGAGCUGUAUAUAGGCACCACGUGGGGUUGUCUCAUUGUGGCCGAGUUGCAUACGUUGCGUCCCAUUAGCGUAUUUCGUCCGUAUGAGAAUGAGAUCAAAGCUAUCAUAACCAUGCCGAAUGCCGGCGUGCCACUAAUAGCUACGCUCGGACGGCGCUAUCGUUCGCUGAUCUCUCGUUAUGUGGACAUGGGCGAGUCCACGUCUAAUAAUUCUAGUUCAGUUGCAAGCACGCCAACGCAUGGUGGUGCCAAACCCAUGCCGUCAGCAGAUGUGGAUAACCACAUACAUUGCCUGCUGUGGCGAGCCAAGAACUGGACCUAAUUCCGAUCU